GAAUUCUACAAACGAGUCGACUUCUCUGGCGAAAACAUUACUCAUGGUGGUUUCUUCUUUGGUGAUGGCGUGUUUAAAUCGAGCAAGAUUCUCUUUGAAGGAGGUAUCGAUCCUAUCCUUCGCGGAUUUAUGAGCUCACCCGUCAAGCGACCACACCGCAUGACUCCUGCCAUUACUGAAAAGAUGUUUGGAAGCACCGAUCUCGGAUCACUCAAUAUUCAACGCGGUCGCGAUCAUGCAAUUCCUUCGUAUAAUACUAUGCGAACAUUCUGUGGAUUACCAAAAGCGAAGACUUUCGAGGACUUUUCUGACAUGAUUUUGGAUAAAAAUCUACGAGUUGGCCUGGGCAAGCACUACAAUACAACUGACGAUGUGGACUUCUACGUUGGUUCCAUGCUUGAAGAUCCUGUUGUUGGAGGACUUGUUGGCACGACGCUUAGCUGUGUUAUCGGGGAACAGUUCAAACGACUUCGAGACGGCGAUAGGUUCUUCUAUGAAAAUCCAGGAGUAUUCACCCCAGCUCAGCUGGUAGAAAUUCGUAAAUCCUCACUUUCACGAGUAAUAUGUGACAAUGGAGACCACUUCGAAGUGAUAUCUCAGGAUGCUUUCCUCUUACCUGGUCCUCAACUGACGCCGUGCAAUCAACUUCCAGAAGUAGAUCUGAGUAAAUGGAAGCUGCAGUAG